AAACCCAGUUAAUGAUUUGGCUUUAAAUCUGUAGCCUGGUUCAGGCAGACACAAUCCAAGGGUCUACCUGGGCAUUCCUUCUGUUUUAUGGAGGCCUUGCAUAGUCAGUUAAAGACUGGGGACAAGUCCAGAGGUCUAGAACAUCACCAACCAGAAUCUCCUCAGUGCAAGUCUCCUUCCCAGCCCUAUCUGCAAAAGCAAAUUAGUUCAUCAAAACCUCAUAGAAUAUCACAGCAGCUCAAGCAGUCCAGAAGACAGAACCCUGAAUGUAAACGUCUGCGUCACCAGAGGCAAAGUGUUGACUUGGAUACAGUACUGGAACCCAAACAGGAAGCAGCAGCAACAGCAGCAAAACACACUGCAUGUUCCAACUUGUCAUCAGGAGUCUUACCUACUUCAUCAGAUCCCUCUACUGAGUCCACAUCUGAAACCCAAGAGGACAAGCCCAAACUGAAAUGUGAGCAUAAGCCUCAGAGACCAGGAAAAUAUGUUUGCACGUAUUGUGGUCGUGCAUGUGCAAAGCCUAGUGUCCUACAGAAACAUAUCCGUUCUCACACAGGCGAAAGACCCUAUCCUUGUGCCCCAUGUGGCUUCUCUUUUAAGACCAAGAGUAACUUGUACAAACACCAGAAAUCACAUACCCACAGGGUAAAGGCAGGUCUGACACUUGGGGAGACAAAAUCUUACGAAGAUCAAGUCACAGAGUCAGAGGAUGAUAGUAGACAGCUGUCAUCUAUUUCGUCCCUCACAGAGAGACAAAGCAGCGCAACCUCAGCUAAAAGCCAUGAAAUGGUCAAAGGUUGCACAGGAGGAACUAAUGACUCCUAUGCAGUAAAAAAGAGACUGGCCCUCCGUCUGAGUAGAGGGAAACCUGCUACUCAAGACUCAUCUGAUGAAAAGAUGUCAUUUCUAACACUAGGUAGUAAAGGCAGUACAGAAUCUGGCUACUUUUCACAGUCUGAAAGUACUGAACAGUUACAAGACAGCCCUCCAAACACAAGUGCCAAAAGCUAUGCAGAGAUCAUCCUCGGUAAAUAUGGACAUCUUGGACAGUUACAGAGGAUCUCUCAUAAUCAGAACCAGUGUGUCUCUGGUCAGGAGGAGAAAAGUAUGUCAUUCACUGUACCUAAAAAGCAUGUCAUUGACCAUAUCACUAAACUUAUCACCAUCAACAAGGCAGUGGUGGACACCAGUAAAAUUGACAGUGUAAAACCAAGGAGAUUCUCAUUGUCCAGAAAGAACAGUUCAGAGGCUCAGAGGAGUCCAGGUGUAAAAGAACAGCUUAUUCACAGCCCCAAAGCUAGAGAUCUGGUUUAUAAAAGUACUGGUUCCAUCAGCAUGGGAGUUCCAUGUGCAAAAUUUCAUCAUCCAUCCCUUAAAGCAGAGCAAGUAGUCAGCCAAAUUUCUACUGCCUCUCUAGUUAGAAGUCAUUCAAUGCCCUCAAAAUGUAGUUCAUGUAACACCUCCAAUGAUGGCUCAGGCAAAUUUUGCUCAAGUCAGUCCUUUGAUGAACAACAGCCUUCUGUGAAUCAGGCAUCCUGUCGUUAUGGAACACUAAGGAGGCAGCCAGCAAUUGAAAUCCCACAAGGUACUGAACUUACAAUUGAGUACAAGUCUUCUAAUUUAUUUUACCCCCAAAACAGAAGCACUGUAGCUGAAUACAAGCAAUACCUACCACAGCCUUAUGAAUGUGAAACGUAUGGCACUGGUUGCAAGGACUGGGAAGGAUAUAAAAAACACAAACAAAACCUGUGCUUUACACAUCAUCCACAAAUUGAGGUGGUAAUGAGUCAAUUAAAACCAUCACAGUUAAGUAACCAUUUAGUCAGAGCGGGUGCUUCCACAAUCCGCAAAAGAAGAAAAGAGGAGAGUUUUGAGUUUGAUGACCCCUCUUCAUUAUUGCCCUCCUCUGGCGUCUUAUCAGAACAAUGUAAAAACGAACAUGGUGGAGCUCAUGAAGACCCCAGAAGGUCUGCCCUGCAAACCUGUUCAGUGAUUCAACACACAAGCUUAUUUGAAAAACAAGAAUCUUUCUGUUGUGAUAAUCAAAGCUUGGAGAAAAAAAACAACUCACCACCACAUAAGGAAUAUCAGCUGGUCUCUGAAAAACAACCCCAACACAAGUCACCAAAAUAUACAGCUCAAAAGCUUGUUCGCCAAAAGAAUGUGCAGGUUCCAGAAAUACUUGUAACAGAAAAUAGACCAGUAGAUGUUCCAGAGACCUCAUUGGAGACAAUCAACACAGCAAAAAAAAAUGAGAAGUUUGAUGAGUUUCAUUGGCCACAACAAAGUCCCUCUUUGGCACAGCUUCCUAUUGAAAAGCUUCCACCCAAGAAAAAGCGUUUACGUCUAGCUGAGGCUGCCCAGUCCUCAGGGGAAUCCAGUUUUGACUCCGUAUCUCUGCCUCGUAGUCCUAGUCAAGACAGUAGUGCAUCAUUUGCAUCUAGCCGCUCUACAUCUUAUGAAGAGCCAAAUAGAGCAGACAUGGAACUAAUAACGUCAACAGCACUGAGAAGCUCAAGAGCUCCUCACAUGUUGAUGGCACCUGGUGUGCAUCAGCACAGAGAGAUGAGGCGCUCAGCAUCUGAGCAAGCCCCUCAUGAUCCACAAACAGGCAUCCUAGCAACUGAGACCCGCAGUAAGUCUUUUGAUUAUAGUUGUCUUUCCCAAGAGCACACUGCAGUUGGCUGGAAAGAAAGAAGAAAAUGCCUUUUGAUGAGACAUGCAGCAAUCAGAGAUCAAGAGGAUGAUGACGACCAGUGUAGUUCAGCAGCUGAAUACAGAAACUGCAAAAACAGGAGUUUAGAUCUGCACCUGUGGUCUGACGAUGGCCUGAGGUUGUCAGGCUCUGGGGGCAACAAACGCAUGCUUUCCCCUUCAAGCAGUAUUGAGCUCCAUCCUGAGUCACCACAACAGCAGAAAAGAGUGAAAGAAGAAGAGGAUGAAGAAGAGGUGGGAUGUACUGACCCAGCAACUGUUGACAGAUGCAAUCAAGACCUCAAAGAAGAGAGCCAGUCGUGUUUACCUGAUGUUUGUUCUCCCGUCUCAAGCAUUAAAGUCUCGUUCCCCAGUCUGCUCUCCAGCACCUGUAAUAGCUGGUGCUAUUUGAACUACAUUAAGCCAAAUCCUUCUCUAUGA